ACUUCCUACUACCACUGAAGAGAAUGUUGAUGCUUGAUUUUUAUGUGAAUACCUUGAUCCGAGGAUAACAAAAGAUGGAAGGCUGCGGGCUGCAAGAUUCACAUAGAGUUAACAAAUCCAUAUAUUUUGAGAUCUAUGGCUUUGGGUCAAUCAAUCAAUCAAUCAACUGAGGCAUAUGCUGAGAGGAUACGGGUUCUCAUAAAAUUAUGCCCUAGAGCAAAAGAAUCCAUACUCAUCAAUGAUAAGAACAUUUAAACAAUGUAAUAAAAAAUAAUAAUUCUAUGACCUAUAUCUCUUGUAAUCAAGAAUGAUAGCACUUAAGGAGGAAAACAGAGCAAGAGUUAUCUACAAUCUUAUCAUCCUUAAGACCUGACAGUAAGCCUGGGAUGCCAUAUCUAAUUAUUUCAAAACAGUUUCUAAAUAACAUGUGCCUUCCGAUGAAAGCAUGACUAUCUCCAAAGCCUGAACAGUCUGUCCAUAAUAAUGUGUAAAGUGGAUGAUAAGGUAACUGCAGCAGAUGUUGUCAGACAAACAUAAAAACACAGCUACUCUAACAGAUCAUCAAGCAACUCUGCAUUCCUUUUCUACCCAUGUCUGUCCACUGUUCAUCGAGAUCUGGAGAGUGAAUCAUGAAGGCUACAACACUCACCCUUCUGUCCUUAAUCAUUUUGAGAUUGGGAGCAGAUCAAGGUCAAGCUCAAGAAAAUGCCCAGCAGUAUCGAUACAUGUGUCCUCCAGAUUUUAUCCAUCUAGGACAUAGUUGUUACUUCUUCAGUAGAGAGAUGGCUACAUGGCACAGUGCUCACUUCUCAUGUAGAGACCGUGGCAGCCAGCUGGCUUCUUUAGAGACAAGAUGGGAGGAUAACAAUGUUCGCUCCUAUCUCAAUCGCCCUGAGUUUGCACCUUUGAAUAGAUGGGUUGGUGGAAUUUACAACUGGUCCCGCAGACAGUGGAAAUGGGCGUCAUCGGGUGCUGAGAUGGCCUACAAUGGCUUCCUAACUCAAAGUUUUCCUCGCUCUUCCCGCUGGCGGUGUGUCUACCUGUCCCCUGACAUUGGCUAUCGCUGGAACCACAAACUCUGCACCACUGCUAUGCAUUAUCUUUGUGAAACUGCAGAGACAAGGUUGCCAAAUAAUGGUGACUCAGCAGCAACAAUUUAGUCAUACAAAGUUAUCUUAGGUUGCAGAAUUCUUUAUGGGAUGGAAUCUGUGAUUCCAUCACCUUUCACUUAUAUAUUGCACCACCCUUAUAUAAGUGGGUAGGAGGUUGAAUACUUCACCCUCUUUCACUUAACACAUCAUAAAAUAAUCCUUCUCUGAAGGCAAUAGAUUUGAAACAUUUUGUAACUCUGAAAAAUUCAAUUUUCAUGUGAUUUUUCCAGAGAAAGAAUGUUGUAUUGUCCAUAACAACCAAAGUCUUGCAGAACAGCAAAUGGAGAUUCCAGACACACGAGAGUAAGGAAAACACACAGUGUGUUGAUGUGAUAUUCCUUCACUUGCUAUAAGGGUGGCUAUAAUAAGAUGAGUAUAUAUAGUAUAUGAAAGAAGUUAAUCCAAUGUCAAUGAGAUGUGCUUUCCUUUUUUUUAUUUUUGUUCAUGGACUUAUCCUGAGAAAUUUUGCUGGCUAACCUUCUUAUUCUUCACUAACUCUUCUUCAUAAUAAAGAACCUUGAAUUUA